UUCCCCCCCCCCCCGGCGGGCUCGCGGUGGUGCCGCCCGCCACCCUUCCGCUUGCCCAUCCCCUCCUCCCCGCCUCCCGCAAGAUGGCGGUGGGUGCGGCGCGCGCCGGGCCGGGCUGAGCGCCUCAGAUUAGUUCUUUUGGAGAUUAAACACUUGGAGAGGAAAAUGACAUCGAUUAUCAAGUUAACUACGCUUUCAGGGGUGCAGGAGGAAUCUGCCCUUUGUUAUCUGUUGCAAGUAGAUGAAUUUCGUUUUCUUUUGGACUGUGGCUGGGAUGAAAACUUUUCUAUGGAUAUUAUUGAUUCUCUGAGGAAGCAUGUACACCAGGUUGAUGCUGUUCUUCUUUCUCAUCCCGACCCUCUACACCUUGGUGCACUUCCAUAUGCAGUUGGAAAAAUGGGGUUGAAUUGUGCCAUUUAUGCAACUAUUCCUGUAUAUAAAAUGGGACAGAUGUUUAUGUAUGAUCUCUACCAGUCCCGCCAUAAUACUGAAGAUUUCACGCUCUUUACAUUGGAUGAUGUAGAUGCAGCCUUUGAUAAGAUACAACAGCUGAAGUUUUCUCAGAUUGUGAAUUUGAAAGGCAAAGGACAUGGUUUGUCAAUCACACCAUUGCCAGCUGGUCACAUGAUAGGAGGCACAAUUUGGAAGAUUGUCAAGGAUGGAGAGGAAGAAAUUGUUUAUGCAGUUGAUUUCAACCACAAGAGGGAGAUCCAUCUGAACGGAUGUUCCUUGGAAAUGUUGAGCAGGCCUUCGUUGCUUAUUACAGAUUCAUUUAAUGCUACUUAUGUGCAACCCAGGAGGAAGCAAAGGGAUGAACAGCUGCUGACUAAUGUUUUGGAGACAUUACGAGGUGAUGGAAAUGUGUUGAUAGCCGUGGAUACAGCAGGCAGAGUUCUGGAACUUGCUCAGCUUCUUGAUCAGAUCUGGAGAACAAAAGAUGCAGGGUUGGGAGUCUACUCUCUAGCACUUCUGAAUAAUGUCAGCUACAAUGUAGUGGAAUUCUCUAAAUCACAGGUUGAGUGGAUGAGUGACAAGUUGAUGAGGUGCUUUGAAGACAAGAGAAACAACCCUUUUCAGUUCCGCCAUCUCUCCUUAUGUCACAGUCUGUCUGAUCUGGCUCGAGUGCCUAGUCCAAAAGUUGUUCUUGCCAGUCAGCCUGACUUGGAGUGUGGGUUUUCUAGAGAUCUUUUCAUUCAAUGGUGCCAGGAUUCCAAAAACUCUAUAAUUUUAACUUACCGCACUACACCUGGAACAUUAGCACGAUUCUUGAUUGAUAAUCCCUCUGAAAAAGUUAUAGAUAUUGAGUUGAGAAAACGUGUCAAGUUGGAAGGAAAAGAACUUGAAGAUUACCUAGAAAAGGAGAAGCUAAAGAAAGAAGCAGCUAAGAAGUUAGAGCAGUCUAAAGAGGCAGAUAUCGAUUCCAGUGACGAGAGUGAUGCUGAAGAGGAUAUUGAUCAACCAACUGUACAUAAAACCAAACAUGAUUUGAUGAUGAAAGGCGAAGGUAGCCGAAAAGGAAGCUUCUUCAAACAGGCAAAGAAAUCUUAUCCAAUGUUUCCAGCCCCUGAAGAAAGAAUUAAAUGGGAUGAAUACGGCGAGAUUAUCAAACCUGAGGAUUUUCUAGUUCCAGAACUUCAAGCAACAGAAGAAGAAAAAAGCAAAUUAGAGUCUGGUUUGACAAAUGGAGAGGAGCCUAUGGACCAGGAUUUAUCAGAUGUUCCUACCAAGUGUAUUUCUGCAACAGAAUCCAUGGAAAUUAAAGCCAGAGUUACAUACAUUGACUAUGAAGGACGCUCAGAUGGGGACUCAAUUAAAAAAAUUAUUAACCAAAUGAAACCAAGACAACUGGUCAUUGUCCAUGGACCACCUGAGGCCAGUCAGGACCUUGCAGAAUGUUGCAGAGCUUUUGGUGGAAAAGAUAUUAAAGUUUACAUGCCCAAACUUCAUGAAACUGUAGAUGCAACCAGCGAAACUCACAUUUACCAGGUCAGGUUAAAAGACUCGCUUGUCAGCUCCCUUCAGUUCUGUAAAGCCAAGGAUGCUGAGUUAGCUUGGAUAGAUGGUGUUCUGGAUAUGCGGGUUUCAAAAGUGGAUACUGGAGUUAUUUUGGAAGAGGGAGAGUUGAGGGAAGAUGAAGACUUAGAGAUGCAAGUGGAUGUGCCUUCUUCAGACUCGAGUGUGAUUGCACAGCAGAAGGCCAUGAAAAGCCUCUUUGGUGACGAUGACAAGGAGAUGUGUGAGGAGAGUGAAAUCAUCCCUACUUUGGAACCUCUGCCACCUCAGGAGGUUCUUGGACAUCAGUCUGUGUUUAUGAAUGAGCCAAGACUGUCUGACUUCAAGCAGGUUCUCUUGCGAGAAGGUAUACAAGCUGAAUUUGUGGGAGGAGUGCUUGUGUGCAACAAUCUGGUGGCUGUUCGCAGGACUGAAACGGGGCGCAUUGGAUUGGAAGGCUGUCUCUGUCAGGACUUCUAUAGGAUAAGAGACCUUUUAUACGAACAAUACGCAAUUGUCUAAGGAAAGUGCUGCAAAGGUGUUUUCACUUGAACUUUUACAGAAAAUGGAGAUUUCUCCCAGUUCUGACAUUUUGUAGUUUUCUAAUUUAUACAGGGAAACCUAAUACAUAAAGAGCAGUUAGCUACCCUGAACGUGUAAAUAACUGCUACUGUUUUCCUUCAUAAAUCUGUUGGUACAUUCCAUGUUGUUGACUUUCAAAUUGUUGCGACUUGGCAUCUCCCACAUAACACAUUAUAAAUGAGUUUACGACUAUGAACACUUCUCAGCAAAGGUUCAGUUUGUCAGGACGUGUUCUGGUUUCGUAGAUUCCCUGCCAAAGAAUACAAAAUAUGUAAAAGUCAUUCUUUUGUUCUAAAAUAAGAUAAGAUAGGCAAGUGUGGGUUUUGUUCAUUUUGUUUUCUAUGUGGCUGUUUUUGGUUUGGGUUGUUUGUUUUUUUUUUUAACAAGUUUGAUUUAGAGAACAGUCUUGAAUAUUUUUUUUUUUUAAAGGAGGUUAGUUGAAGUACGUUAUUAGUAGCCCACUUAAAUCUAGACUACCUAAACUUUCCCCUAGAGUUAAUCUGGCUCCAUCUUAAUGUUGUAUCUGCUCCAUCUUACUGAUUUGUUCUCAAACUUCAUUUUGUAUUUUAUGUAAAGUAUUAAUCUACAGGAUGAAAAAAUUACUUAGGAGAGUAAUCUCUAAGAAGAUUGGAUAAUAUUUUCAGUCAGUUUAAAAUCCAGUAACUGUGCUUCAGAAUAACUUCUGUACAAAUUCACAGAAUUUGCUAACUCCUAGCUUUUGCAACAUUAUGCAACUAUAAAAUAGUUUCUGAGUUCUGAUUUUAAUACUUUUCAAAGUCUAGAGCCUUUAUCCGUGCACUGCUGUUUGUUCAAAGUGCCAUGAGUCGAGUUCAGGAAGAUCCUUUUUCUUGAAAUCUUGAGUUCAUGUGAUGUAUUUAAUGGUUUUGUGCCAUGUUCCGUUCUAAUUGACAGUGAGACUUGCUGGACCUGCUGAUGCUGGGAAUUGACCUUACUUUUUAGGUGAAGAUGAGCACAGUUUUGAGUGUUUUAAUUUCUCAGAUAUUAACUUAUGCAAACAAAUGGCCUCUCAAGAGUUUAUUUACUUCUUUUUUCCCCUGUCCAUGUGUGAAACAUCAGCUUUGGCAGUGGAGGGUUGCUUGCUUUUCACAUAAAACAGCAAUGUGUUCUCGUUGUGUAUGUUUAAAUAAAACCUUUGAAAAAAGUGGCAAAAAAUAGCCGUGUGGGCUCAGUGGAAGGAUAAUUUACUUUACAGUUCAUUCUUGACAAAAGUUUUCUAUCUGAUCUACAAAUACUUAUUCUGUUUGAAAUAGUAACUUAAAACUGAAGACCAUGUUAAACAAAAAACCCCAUCUGCUAGGACAAUAUAUUAAAACUGUAAAAAACUUGUAAUGCUGAGUGAGAAUGUAUUUUGUUACACAAAGAAAAUCUUGGCUAGGAAUGACUAAAUGGCUCAAUGAUGCAUUUUUCUCCUUAACAGUCUAGAAAAAUGAUUAUUUCCCUUAUAUUGACAGCCAGAAGUUUGUAGAAAUGCUUUGGUUUUGUAGCAAAGCUAUGUAAAUCUACAUGAUGGAUGUUGGACACUUGUUGGUGAAUACUAUUGUAUUACUAUUGUUACUGAUGCUAAUGAACUUUUAUAAAGUGAGUUCCUUUGUACAUAAUCAUAUUGGCCUUAGGACUUUUAACUUGAGGGCUUAGGAUGGGAAGAGAUAACACAUGCCUGCACGGAAUAUGCUAAUAAAGAAAAAAACCCUUAGAAAAUCAAACUAAAAAUAAUGCUGUUUUUAAGAAAAGGAUAAAGACAGUGCAGUGUGAUCAUAAAACUUUCUAUCAGUUUUGUUUCAUUUUCUAACCUAUUGAUAACAAAUUUUAUUGUUAUCAGUCACUAAAUUGUGUGUGCUGACAGAGAACCCCAAAUUAGUGCCAUCACUGAGGAAAAGGCUCAAGUAUGAGCAAAACACCUAACUGAGGAUCUGAAUGCUGUAUGAUACUCUGUUUCAUGGCUUUUGCAGAUGUUUUCAUGGUUUUAAAAAGGGUGUUGGGGAGGAUGUUCUCACAGUCAAAUCUGGUAAAGAAAUGUAUCCAGUAAACAGAAUCUUAGGUCAGAAAACUCUGUAAGAAAUCAGUGGUAGUUCAAAAUGGGAUAAUGAAACUAGAUGAAAGAAUCUAUAAAAUUGCUUGUUGAAAUAUAUUUUUAAAAAUACUUCAAACGGUCCUAAGUCCUCCCUGCACGCUAAGCAGUACAUGUGGUGAACUGUUAGUGUACAUCACACUGCUUGACCAGUAUUAACCAAGGCAUGAAAGAGCAUGUAGGUUCAGAUCAACUACACUGAUUAACUACAUUAGUAAAAUUCUUAAUUCUGUGUCGUUAAGGCUGUCUUAAUGUUUUCUGGCAGAGGAGUUCUGAGCAAUGGUUGCAGUUCAGUGGUAAGUGAACUGAUCCUUCCUUUCAGCUCAGUAAAAAUUCCUCACCUUGGUAGAAGAGGAGCAUAGAUACAAAGAUAUGGAAGAACUAGAUUGUUUCAAACUUUACUGUCUGUGAUAGGUUAUGUAUGACCACUGUGAUAGGGAGUAAAAAAAACCCUAACCUCACUCCUGCAUUUUUUAGUAGAACUUCCAAUAAGCCCUGUAACUGUUUUCCUGGAAGAGAAGGAUCCACAGAAACUCUGAACAUUAGGACGAAGCAAGUUUGCUGUAUGAGCUUUAAGCAGUAAUAACCUGCCUGUUGUUGCAUAAUCCUCUUAGGUGAUACAAGCUGGAUCUGUGGUUCAGCAGCUGAAUGAUAAUGAGCUAAGCAUCUGCCAAAAAGUAUAGUUUGUAAGUGCAAUCUGGCAGUCACCAAUUUUGAUAAUGAGCAAAUACAUUAUUUCAGUUGUGUAGGCUUUUCUUAAGGAGUUUUCAUUUUCAGUGUAGUUUUUCGGAAGUGAUAAAAGCUUCCCUAAAAGCUACUUUUGACAAACACUUUUAAAGAAAUUUGCAAUGGUGGUCAAAUCACAAGCUUUCUGUCAAACUUGAUUCAAAGGCUAAUACCAGUUUUUGUAGAAUCGACUUUGGAAAAUUACACGGGGAAACCAAUGAAAAGAAUCCAUUGUGUUGUUUAGUAGUGGCUUUCGUGCCCUUCCUGGUAUUUAAAAAGUAGAAAAUAAAGCAUAAUAUUUAAUGUCAAUAACAAUAUCAGAACUUCUGCAAGUAAAUAACAACUCCAUCUCCAAAAUGUUGAAGGUUUUUAUUUUUAGAUACAACCAAAAUUAUUUUUUCCUUUGUGGCUAAUUAGUUUAUAGGAAUAUUUAAGUGUCAGUUAUGAAGAGUGAAGUGUUAGCAACACCAUUGUUAAGCAACAACUCUUGGAGUUGCUGUUUCUCAGGCUGGUGGUUUCAUCAAUACCUUCUUAAAGUUCUCACUUAACUCGGUUGCCUUGUCUGGGAGAAAUCUCAUUUGGUGGUCUCACCAGUUCUGGACUGUAACGUUGUGACACACAGCACAGUCAUUUGCUUGACUGGUUUACAGCUCUGUAAAUCAGAACAAGAAUUGUUUCUUUGGAGUGAGGCAGUUUAAAUCACCCAGAACAAGUGCUAGCAAAGAAAAAAUUAUUAAUAGCUCAGAGGUUGGAAUCUAGCCUUUUAUUGGGGUUUAAGGUUGUAGUUUUAAGUAAAGCCAUUGCAGUUAACCUAAUCUGGAGAAACUACUGCUUCCUCUCCACAUGUUUAUAUUUUUGUAGAAAGCACAAAAACGUGACUGGCCAGGUAUCAGUGAUAAUACUUGCCUUAAGGUAUAUUUUACAGUAGUUGCUUCAAAGUGUGGGUUUUUUUCUCUUUUAAGUCCAUCUGGAUAAGUUUUAGAGUAUGCUUAUCUCUGCUGUUACUACCAAUGUUUCUUAGAAAUAAUUCUGAAGUGGGUAGCUAAUAUGUCCUUAUCAGUGAUAAUGCUCAAAUUGUACAGAAAACUUGUACAAGAUGAUUUUGAAAGAUCCUUGAAAGGAAAAAAUGGGAUGUAGAUAGAACUUAGUCAUCACUAAAACUUGGUAGGACUGUCAGACUGUUCAGUUUCUGUAUCUUCUUAGUACACCAUGAUAGGAACAGGCUUCUAGGGAAUGCUUUCUGAUCACACUGCUAUGAACUGGUCAAAUAAAAAGAACUAGUCAGCAAAAAAAAAAGAUUACCCACAUUUAGCUAACUAGCCUGUUGCAUGUGCUUCAAUAUGUGAACCUGAAAAUGUUUGCAUAUAAAAAAAUGUGAGAUUGGAUGUG